GGUGUAAAACUGGUUGAUUCCCCACCGGGAGACAACGGUCUUGCUCCGCUGUUAAUUGUUAACGGCGACAUUACCCCACCGAUAAGUAACUGCCUUGCUUCUCCACCGGUAGACAAUGGCUCUGUCCAAUCGAUAGUUAAGGAACCUGAUGUCAUAUUGAUAGAUGACAGUUCUACUUCCCCACCGAUAGAUACACCCAGCAAUUCCCGAAAUAACAAUACAGAUGACGAGAGUGCAGAAAAAAAACUCUGGAAGCGACUACAGAAAAUAAAAAAAAUUGCAAAGGUUAUUGAUACGCAAUUGCAAAAUUAUACGCAAACAAAAGAUGACCUGACUACGUCAUCUGAAGAAAUUAAUGAAGAAAAUAUCGUUAGUAUUGAACAAAGGCAGAGUGACACACAAGUAAGCUUAAAUAAUUUACCUCGGAAGAAGACAAUGAGAGUAUGGGUGUAGAAAUAGGAGUACAAGAAGAGGAAGGUGGAGAAAAACAAAAGGAAAGACGUUGUAGAUCGAAACGAAAGGGCUCUCUGGCGAGUCAAGUUUCAGACGGUUCGAAGUCUUACCUCAAGCGGCGCAAAAUGUUACCUCAUACUUCUUUUAGUAGUAUCCGUAAGAAAUGCAACAAUCUGGUUGAAAUCGGGGCAGGUUUUGCAAAAGUACCAGGAUGUAUAAUGACUUCGAUUGACUGGACUUCAUAUAGUUUAGCGACUCGACAAUUAUUGCUAUCAGUUUUUCCAAGAAGUGCUCUAGCCCAAUAUUCGCUUCUUGGGACGCAGCCUUCAAUUUACAUGAAGAAGCAAACACAGAGAGUUUUGAAUCCACUACUCGUCCAGGAUAUUGUGAGAACAGUAGCCGCAAAAUGUAAUGUUCCCAAGGAUUUAGUGAGAAAAUGCAUUAAAGAAAAUUGCAGAGAGGAAAUACGAAUAUUUCGUAAAAAUCAACGGAAAAUGAAGCAUAAACAGCGACAACAAACCGACGAUUAUGUCCCUUCAUCUUCCAAUAAUUCUGCAUCAGAGGAAAUAGUAGUCCAUGAAAUAUCGGACUAAUUUUGUACUUAGUAACAAAAUUGCCCAUUGAGUAACCGGUAGGCAUAGAUACUGAAA